CUAUUUAAGGCCCAAAUAUUCAACCCCGAGCACUCAAUUGACGGAUUGAUGGAUGGCUCUUGGUGUUGGAUUCCAAACUAGUGACAUCACUGACAGAUUCCCAAAAUGGCAGACCCCUCAGCAGUCAAGAAGAAAACAGCAUGCUGCAGUGUCUUGAAGGAGUUUAUGGUGGCCCUGACCUUCGCAUACAUUUGCAAAGCCCUCUCGGGCACGGUGAUGAAAAGUUCCAUCACUCAGAUAGAGCGGAGAUUUGACACCACUUCCUCCGUGGCCGGCUUGAUCGACGGAAGCUUUGAGAUCGGCAAUUUGUUGGUGAUUGCGUUUGUAAGCCACUUUGGAGCUAAACUGCACAGGCCGAAGAUCAUUUCCAUUGGCUGCUUCAUCAUGGGCCUCGGAAGUGUUUUAACAGCACUACCUCACUUCUUCAUGGGAUUUUACAGAUACAACAAGGACGCAGUACCUUCAGACAAUUCGAGCUUCUCCGCUUGUACAACUGAACUCCCCUCAACCAGCAAUGACAGCUUGCCAACACGCCUUCAUUCAGAUUGCAGAAGAGAAUCACAGUCAAACAUGUGGAUCUACGUCCUGAUGGGAAACCUGAUUCGCGGGAUCGGAGAAACGCCCGUCACCCCCCUGGGGAUUUCCUACAUCGAUGAUUUUUCUAAGGAAGGGAAUUCCACCUUGUCCAUCGCCAUCUUGCACACGGUUGCCAUGAUCGGCCCCAUAAUCGGCUUCCUGCUGGGAUCCAUGUGUGCCCAGAUAUACGUGGACAUUGGCUUUGUAGACCUCAAUAAAAUCACCAUCACCCCUAAGGACUCCCGUUGGGUUGGCGCUUGGUGGCUCGGUUUUUUGAUUGCUGGAUUCUUUAGCAUUUUGGCCAGCAUACCCUUCUGUUUCCUUCCCAAGAGCGCAAAGAAGAAGGGCAGACAGGAAAGUAAUACAUCAGCCUCGCCCAUUGGGACCGGAUCUAACGGAGAGGAGAAUCAAACACUUAAUGUCAAAAGCCAGCCACCAGCAAAAGGAAAAGGACAUCUUACCGGUUUUUUCUACUCCCUGAAACAUCUGCUGAGUAACGAGCUGUAUUUAAUAUAUCUGAUUUUAUCACUGCUGCAAUUUAGUUCCAUAGUAGGAGCUGUGACUUAUCUUUCCAAAUACUUGGAACAACAAUAUGGUCAGUCAUCCUCCAAGGCUAACUUUUUAAUAGGAGUGAUAGCGUUGCCCACCAUCUCCUGCGGGAUUUUCCUCGGCGGGUUCAUCGUGAAGAAAUACAAACUGAACAUGGAGAACAUGGCCAAGAUGGCCUUUCUAUGGAACGUCUUGAGCAUCUUGACCACUAUAUCACACUUCUUCCUGGGCUGCGAGAACAAGAUGGUGGCGGGGCUGACGGUGCCCUAUGGCGGAAACGAUCGAGCGGAACUUCCUCAAGACAUCCUGCCCAUCUCUCUCUGCAACAACGAUUGCAACUGUGAUGUGAAUCACUGGGAUCCUGUGUGUGCAAAUAACAGCAUCACUUACAUGUCCCCUUGUCUGGCUGGAUGCAAAUCUACAGUGGGUUAUGGGAAGAACGUGGUCUUUCAUAACUGUAGCUGUGUUGCAGGAAUUGGGUUCCAUCCAGCAAAUUUCUCAGCCCAUCUGGGUGAAUGUUCAAGGACACAGCAUUGCUCAAGAAAUUUUAUUUAUUUCAUGGUUAUGCAAGUCCUGAACUCCUUUUUUUUUGCAAUGGGAAGCUCCCCUUCAUUUAUGCUGGCAUUUAAAAACGUUGAGCCCAAACUGAAGUCCCUGGCAGUGGGUGUGCAUAUGUUAGUUCAGCGAUCACUAGGAGGGAUGUUGGCCCCCAUUUAUUUUGGAGCUCUGAUUGAUAAGACCUGCUUGAAGUGGUCAGUCAAUACCUGUGGAGAAAGUGGUGCUUGUAGGAUUUACGACUCUGCAUCUUACAGAACAAUCUACUUGAGCUUAAUCGUGAGUUUGAAAUUACCUUCCAUCUUCUUAUAUAUCCUUCUAAUUCAUGCUAUGAGGAGAAGAAUGAAAAAAGGCGUAAGACCUUCUGAAAACAAGGAAGAGGUGGUGCUUGAACCCAUCCAAGACAACAUCAAGAACAACCAACAGUUUUUUGCUUAUAAUGAUGCCAACAGCGAAACGGGCAUCUAGGAAAAAUGUACUAUUCUGCUGGCUUUGUUUGGGGAUUUGGAAAAGUCAGGGAUAGAAAUGCCAGCUUUGUAGGUGGCACCAACUGGGUUUGAUGCUCUCUCUUUUAAGCGCAAACUCAGGGGAACUUGGAACAUUCUCCAUCUUCCUGGGAGUCUUUUCAGAUGGAAGGAGAUGCUGACUGCGAAACUGGUAAAAUCCCAAAUGAGAACGGGUGGCCCUAUAUAGAAUGAUUGCCAUGAAGAGAUGCUGCAAGCUUCAUCAUUUAAAAUGACGUGGAAAUAAUCAUGAAUAAUAAAAAGAGAAAAAAAA